GCUGGGUUUCAGGAGAGCUCUGAGGCGUCACUGGGAGCUCCUUUAGAUUAAACUCGCCUCCCCGGUCUCCCCCCUCUCCCCCUCCUUCAGAGCCAUUUAAACCUCGCUGGGGCUUUAAACGUACUCCCAAGACCUGCAUUUCAUUCUGCCACUAACAUGCAGCCGGCCGUGCCCGGAGCCGGACUUCCCCGGGGGCCAGGGCUGCGCUUGCCCCUGGCCUGUCCCCGCCGGGGUUUCCAAGGAGACGUGGGCCGCCGUCUGCGCCGCGGAGCCGCCCGAGCACGGCCAGGGCCGGCGGGAGGCGCGGCCGCCGGGCCGGCUGUUCGCCCCCGAGCUCGUUGGCCAGGAGGAGGCGUGGCGGGGAGACCAGCUGUCCUCCCAGCUCUACAGGAACAAGCAGCAGAACAAUACUGAGCAGUUCCAGAUGAAGAAUCCCAGAAUGAUCAUUCUGAUGAGAUACCUGGGAUGAUAUUUUGAUACAGUGAAGCUGAUGGAAACUUAUCUACUGACUUUAAGGUCCCUGUAAUCAAACCUUUGUCAGGGCGCUUUCUUUGACUCUACCUCGAUCAUUUAAAUGAGUGGUUAUCACCCUGUGGUCAGCAGGUAUCUGGGAUCCAUGGCUGGAGGUCCUUUAUCCUCCUAACGAAGUUUCCAGAACAGUGAUCAGGACGCACAAGUCUCUCUGCAAAGACCCACGCUUCCCAUAAAAAAAUAGCUUUAGGGCUCUGCAGGUAAAACAUACCUGUUCAGUUCUUAGAACCGGGACUUUGCUCUGUAUAUGUACUUCAGUUGGCAUGGUGGUGUCCAGGAUUGAAGGGAUACCUGAGUACCACUUUACUGUAAAGAAUGACAGUUGCAUCUUCCUUCUGCAUCCAAGCCCCAUCAAUUGUUAGCCUUCAGCUCCAUCUCCCUUCCCACACCAGCCAACUAUAAAUUGCAAUGAAAGGGAUGUGAAGGGAUGCUUACUGCAUCUCAGGAGGAGAUCUGAUAGCUGCUGUUUUGACCAUGACAGUUUCUGGCUGUUCACCUGUAAUUCUUUUCUGCUGUUAUUCUGCACUUAGUCUUUUUUUUUUUUUUUUUAAAUAAAUUCCUUCUCCAGAGUAAUCUUUUCAAACACUUACUAAAGAAUAAAAGAAGUCAAAAGUGAAAACUGAACAGUCAUGCCACUUAGAUUAACAGAGACAAGAGGCUUAAGGGGAUGGGUUGAGUUCCCAAAGCAAACACCCUGUUCAGCAAAUCCAAGCAGCCUGUACCAUAGGGCAAUUGCUAUUAAGUUACAGAGUCAACACCUAUUCAUCAGUAUCUCUAUUCCACAGCUUCAAGAUACUUUGCUUCAGAAGGAGGAGGAGCUCGCUAGGUUACAUGAAGAAAAUAAUAACCUCCGACAGUACCUGAAUUCUGCCCUGAUUAAGUGUUUAGAAGAAAAAGCUAAGAAAGUGCUAUCCUGCCAUGGCCAAAAAAACUGUGCUAUUCUCAAAAACACGAAAAGGAGAUUAAAAGAGGACUACUGCUUUGCUGUUCAAGAAACUCCUCAUGCUUCUAAAGCUAGAAGGAACCUCUUUGAUGAAUUCACUGCCUGUGAAGAGCAAGCCAGCCCUGCUGUGGACAGCUGGGUCUUGGAGACUUUAGGAUUAAAAGAUGUCAACACCAUUGAUGAAUCUUCAGCUAACUACAGUGCCUUGACCUCAGACCUUGGAAAACACACAUACUGCCUUAGCCCUGGUGAAGCCAUCAACUAUGACCACAGCGAAGCAGUGUCAGCAGCAUACAGCUGCAGCCACUUGCCUCCAGCUAACAGUACCCAUCCAUGCAGUGAGGACUCUUCCUUCCUCCCCCAGUGUCCUUCAGCACCACGCAUCUCCUCACCAGAGCCAAGCCUUUCCUCCCUUCCAGCCUACGAGUUGCCAUAUUUGACUAAUGAUUUGUCACCUAACAAAACAGAAGUGGCCUUCACAACAUUUCUAAGUCCUCACCGCAAUGUGAGAACACACACUUUCCAACAAGGACAAGCUUUUGUGCGCAGAGAAGAUGAUGGAGGAUGGAGAUUCACCUGGGUGCCCAAACAGGCUGAAUAAGGCACCUGUGUCAAGGGUCAGCCACAGGGGAUGCAGGAGACAGACACUUCAUCUUGUGCUCAAGACACGUUCAGCCAGCAGAAACAAGUCUUUCUGGGCUCCAUUAAAUGCUACUCUGUCACACACAUGCUCAUUAUUCCCUCCCAGAUUUUCACAGGUGUGGCUCCAGAUCACAGUGGGACAUGGAUCUAUCCUUCCAUUGUGCCUGUGUUGAGAGGCAUGCUUUUUCUUGCAUUGUGUUUUUUCUAUCGUCAGCUAUUCCUUGUUAACUGAUGACUGCCAGACUAGGCUACUUUCAGCACUGAUGAUCACUCCCACAUUUAUCAAAAUGGAAGGGACUGGGGAAUUCAGUUUGGAAAGUGCAUCUCUCUGACAUUCACAGAUGACAAAGAUGUCGUUAAGUCUCUGGCUGAGGAUCAGCAGUGCCUGAGUGAUUUGGGUCUCUCUUAGCCUCUUAGGUUGCCUUGGAUUAAGGCAACCUGUGUAUUCAUUGAUUUGUUAUACUCAGUUGACCUACUCGCUGUCACAUGGUGCUGUCAUUUUUUUGAUGGCACCUCAACAAAAUAGAAAAAACUUGCUUCUAUUGCCUGGAGGCUCCAUAGCAAGUGAUUCAUCACAUUUAGGAGAUUUUCCUCUGCUGUAAUUAAAAGCGUUUUCUGCAUUAUGUUUUAAAGGUCGUUUAUCUGUCAGAUAAAAGGAGUUUAACACGUUUGAGUCUUGAUUCUCACUGGCUUAAGCUACAGAACAGGAGCUAAAUUUGGAGAUGCAGUUGGAGUAGUGACACUACCACCAGCAGCCAAGUCCCUGGCUCAUUAUAUUAAUGGCAGACAUUUUCUCAACUGUGGAAACUGCACACUCAGAGCACUUCUUACUUUUGCAAAGGACGCAGUCCCCUCAGCUGCAGCAUCCCACUAACCAUUUCGCUUAUUUUCUUCCUCAUUCACCAGCUUGAUACUGGAUACUUUUAUAGAAGGAAGCCACUCUUGGCUUCAGAAGUGCUUUGUGCAGCUUCAGUUGGGCUAUUUUGCACUUGUGAAACUGGAGGUUUUGUGUCUAGGGAACAACUUUCUGAUCUUUUUGUCCUGAUUUAUGAGAUCGUACAGAGAUUUACCUUAAGUCAACCUCAGCCCAGAGUCAGGACUGCUUCCUCUUUCCAUCGUACCUUUCAUGCUUCCUAUGGGAAAUGUUUACAUUUCUCCUGGUUUGGGGAGGCAGUAUCACGUAGCGGUUAGUGUUUGGAAACCACAACUUUCAGUGCCAUCUCUUACCUCUCCACAUCUCUGUCAGGUGGUGGUGACCUGUAGCUAAGACUAUGAGUGCCUUAAGAAUGCUUUAAAACCUCUGGCAAGAAGGUGCUCCAGCACUGCGCGGGACCUUUUUUUUUUUAUACUACUAAUUAUAUGAAGUCAACUGACAUGAAGUAUGCUCACUAGUAAUGCUUUAUAUUGCCUUUGUUUUCUGCUUUAUAGUACCUUGAUACUUAAGUACUGGAAAUGAAGGGAGCGGUUUGAUUAUGUUGGCUUACAGAAAGGCCCCGGUAAGAUUAAGGAAGUACUCACAUAAGUAAAAAAUAACUAUGUGUGAGAAUUUCCUUCCAGCGGGCAUAUUUUUUUUCUAUAGAGAACUAGGUAUUUUAUUUUUGAAGGAUAAAAGUAUCUCUUGUGCCUUAGAAUUGCAGUAUUUGGGAUUCUCCAUGAGGAGUGGUAGUGGUUUCCCAAAAGACUUAAAUAACUGUAUUUCUCUGUAGUCACUUUGAAGUCAUGGGGCAAACUCCCAGAAUAGCUAAUCUGAAAGUAUUGAUUGUAGGCACUAUUGCACUGAAUUAAAAAUACCACCACUACACGUGGAAUAAAUUCAAUAAUUUGUUCUGGGAUUUUGUUGUAGUCAGUAAAAAUGUGGCCAGCUGAUAAAUCUGGUCAGACAAGACCACUGUGCUAUAGAAGCACUUUUCUGUAUUCAAAUGGGAGCAGAAGAACUGUCCUACAAACAGCUCAUUUCUUUCUCAAGGCAAUUCUUUUCAACUAAUCUCCCCUUGCCUUACUAUAUAAGAUAGCACUGAAGAAAACACUCCUGUCACUGGUUUUUAUUGGUGCAUAUGACUGUAUAGAAAAUGCCUGAUCUUGACUUGAAAUAAGUGAGGGGAAACCCUGUUUUGUGUGGUGAUGUGGGAUGAACAGCAUACAGCAAAUAGGCAGUGUGGCCAGAGAUUUACACUCAACACAGCUGUAGAUGCCAAGUCGUCCAAAGCAGCUGUAAAACUUUACUUGCGAAAGUUUUAUAUAUUUUAAUGCUACUGGAGACUAUUGUUGAUGUAUUUGAAUGCUAUGAGUCAGCAGCAGUAGCAAAUACAUUAUUUGUUCUGUCAGCAAACAUUAAUCAGGUUUUCUCUAAAGAGAGAAAAUACUUCUCCAUUUGACAUUUCCUUUCCACAUUUUUCAGGUUACUUCAUGUGUAAACUUCUGCGAAGAACCAGCACAAACCUGUCAGAUCUUUGAUACAAUCUCAAGUAGGGUUUCAGUGGAUCCAAAACUAUUCUUGUACCUUUAGAGCAUUUUAUAAAAGAUGGCUGGUCCUCUCGUCUCACGUUGAAUAAACUAUAGAUGUAAGCACAUAGUUCAGUGAAUUACUUACCUGAACAUACCCUCUUCCUUUGCUAUGAACUCCUGAGUUUUGCUCAGCGUGAAGGUAUAGAUCCUGUGGCAGGGAUUUCUGUCUGAGCUUGGUUUACUGGAGCUCAUCUGGGCAGAGAGUCCAUGGUGCUGCUCCUUGUUUGCACAUACAUUCUGGUUUAGACACCUGGGUGAGAAAAUGUGGUAUCUGUCAUCUGCUCCAUGGGAACAAUACUGCUGGUUGCCAUAGUGGAAGGAGCACACUGGAAAGGAAACAGAAAACAGCAAAGCAAAUAAAGGGUGAUUUUUUCUUUUCCCCUAAAGCAUCUUUUUUAUUAUUAUUAUUAUUUUUAGUUUAAUGAUAACUCAUUUCCUGAGUUAUCGUUAAGAAUGAUGCAGACAAGCUAGUCUAGCACCAAUGCACAAAAAGCAAGUCAGCCCCAAAUGUGAGGACUGAAAUUCUCCUGCUCGAUAAACAGAGUGGGUUCUGAUAUCAGCUCUGGUACGCCACUUUGUUUCUAUGCUUUGAUUUCUACACCAUGGACCAGUUCAUAACGAUUUAACAGGACAAUGUGAUUCUUGCUGCUGCAAAUUGUGUGAGAAGUUCCUUCUUGCCCAGGAACAGCACCAGGCUUGCAUAUGUCUGGGAUGGGUAAGUCUGACUGGGAGGUUCUUUGGGCAGUGUUGAACUUCAUUAUCUGUAAAUAUCCAUUUUGUAUUAACAUAUUUGUUUUAUUUUUUUAUUUGAAGUUCAUUUAUUUUGUGAAUGUUACGUGCAGCUGCACAGUUUAAAACCACCCACAUUUUUUAAGAAUGUAUUCUAAUAGUAACAGAAUUUAAUUUAACACUCAGUGUUUUGAUUUUUGUGAUUGAAAAGGACUGUGAUUAUCUGUAAACAUCAAUUUUACCUGUGUCAUUAAGUUAUGUCUAAUAAAACUUCAAAUAACA